AUCGGGAAUGUUUUGAAGUCUCAUCCCACUGAGUUUUGCCUACUUCGCAGCGCAUUGGCUGGGCGAAAUGUCAGUUUUCGGGGAAGUGCUGAGGUUUCCAGUGUGAGGAUGUUUGUUUUGGUGAGAAAGUGACUCCCUGACGAUGGUCGGACGCAAGAAGAAUGACGAAUUCGACAGAUUGAACUACCAGCUGCAGAGAUUCGACAAGAAAGUCAAGGCGUGGUGUCCCAUUUGUCAGAAAUUGCUGGCCAACACCUCGGCAAAGCGACUCCGGAGUCAUCGCAAUAAAUGCAAGUUGGGCGGUGAGGAGCAGAACUCCCCCGGGAAUAUCGAGGAGGAUGAUGUGGAGCAGAAGGUUUUCUCCAAAACACCAAAAUUCCAAGUGAUCAAUCUGCCCGCCUUCACGAAUGCGACCCAGAGUGACGCUGACAUUGUGGAAGACGACAACAGGGCAGACGAUACUGUGUCCGGAUCCAGGAAGCGUCACAUGCCGCCCGCCCGCAAGGCGUCGUCGUCAGACAGCUCUAGCAGCUCCUCUAGUGACUCAGACGCCUCACCGCAACGCCUGAGCAGUCUGCUGUCGCCCAAGCAACUCCGCAAAAUGUCCAAGAAGGUGAAGAAAAAGAAGCGGAGGCGCUCUGACCUCACUGGCAUCGAAGUGACUGAGAUUACGCGCUCCCUGGCCGACUUCAUCUUCGAGUGCAAUCUGUCGUUCAACGUGGUGGAGUCGGAGGCCUUCAGGACGUUCGUGCGCGCUCUGGAGCCGGGCUAUGAGAAGAAGAUCCCCACCAGGCGCGCCCUGUCGUCCACACUGCUGGACGACGCGUACAACAGAUGCAUCGAAAGGAGCGCCUGCAGCUCGGAGAGUAUUCUCUUCGUCUACAGCUGCAGGAACUUCCUCACCAAGGCCAAGAGCAUAAUGUGCACGCUGAGCAGCGUCGAAGGGAGCAGCGCUUUCGUGGACACGCAGGACUUUAAGGAGGACACGGAGACCGGCGACAAGCUGAUGGAGAUCGUGUGCGAGGCCACAGUGAAGGCCAACAGUCUGUACGGCACGAACAUCUACUGCCUGAUGACGGACAACAGCCGUGAGAUGGGCCAACUGGGCGAGGCCGUGAAUGUGUGGCACUGCGUCUGCUCCAGCCACGUGGCCAACCAGCUGGCGGACGCGCUGCUGCAGGCGGACUUCACGGAGAAGGUGGUAGAGAUCGUGCGGGAGUUCAAGACGCCGCAGCUGGAGAAGCGCAUUAUCGCGAACGGUGGCCGGCGGCUGGAGUUGCCUCGUGAGGGACGCUGCGGCUCCACGAGGCUCACGUACGAGUGCCUGCGCGACGAUCUGGCGCACAUGAAGAUGAUCGCGGCCGAGGCGACGUGGCAGCCGGCGCGCGGCCGCCACAGCAAUUGGCAGCGCGCCACGGCGCUGCUCUUCGACGAGGCGUUCGUGCAGGAGUUGGAGGCCAAUGUAGCCGUGCUGGAGGCGAUUGGCGAGGCGCUGGCGGUGGUGCAGAAGCGGCAGAGCUCGAUCGCGGACUCGGUGGACGCGUGGCUGUCGCUGGGUGAGAAGUUUCCUGCCCAGUCGCCACACAUGGCGGCAAUUUUCAACCACCAUCGCGAUGUGGUGUUCAACAAAUACGCCUUGGCGGCAUUUGUGCUGCAUCCGUUCCACGAUCGCGAGCGAUUGCCGCAGCAAUAUGCGUCCAUGGCGCAUCACUUCAUGCUGGAGGAACUGAACGCCGACGGACUGCAGCAGCUGUACGACUUCCAGCACCACAGAGGACUCUUCCGCGUGCUGUACAGCAAGGGUCUGAAGCAGACGGACGCGCUGCUAUUCUGGAAUCUCGCUCGCAUGGACUAUCCGGUGCUGGCCAACAUGGCGACGCGCCUGCUGCGUAUCCCCGCGUCGGCGGCCAAGAUCGUCACUGCCUUCGGCCAGAGCGGCGACAGCCAGCGCAUCCCCGUCCGCAACCGCCUGACGCCCGACAAGACGCGCAAGCUUAUGCACAUCCUGUACGCGGCGAAGCUGAACAAGGGCCGCGCCAAGGAAGACGACGAGGACGCAGACGAGGAGGACGACGCGUAGUGCAGCCCCUAAUGUUGUAUUUCCUUCACUUGUGGAUAAAAUAAAUCUGUCUUUUGAUC